AUGGCUGUUCCCUUUAUUGGCCGCCUUCAUCCUAUGGAGUACAUUGCCCUCGUCGGCUCUUUUCUCCUUGUGUCCCUCGAGGCCAUUAUCCGCAUCUGCACUCUCGCCCUGCCCUCAUUCCUCGUCGCCUACUUUUACCGCGCUUCCCGCCGGCUCUUUCUUCGCUUCUCUUCCGCCGAAGACAAUCCCAUCCACCGCAAGACCAAAUGUAAGCUCAUCCCCACUGCUCCCCUUUCGCACGGCCCAGCUAAACCCGUACCAGGCAUUUCUGAUUCUAUCCGAGACGCGGCCGACUUUGUCGAGCUCUGCCGGUUUUGGGGCUACGAAGCUGAGGAGCACAUUGUGCAGACCAAGGAUGGCUACCUUUUGGGCCUGCACCGCCUUCAGUGGAGGCGUGUCGAGGAGGGCCAGCGCGUGAACAACGGCCCCAACUCCCUGCGGAAGCGCGUCGUCUACAUGCAUCACGGCCUGCUCAUGAAUUCAGAGGUGUGGGUCUGCCAGACGGACGAGGAGCGAUGCCUCGCUUUUGAGCUUGUCAACCGUGGCUUUGAUGUUUGGUUUGGCAACAACCGCGGCAACAAGUACUCCAAAAAGUCUAUCCACAGCUCACCCAACUCGACCCGGUUCUGGGAUUUCUCCAUUGACGAGUUUGCCUUUUAUGACAUCCCCGACAGCAUCGAGUACAUCCUCGAAAGCACCCAGCAAAAGAGCCUCUCCUACAUUGGCUUCUCCCAAGGCACCGCCCAGGCCUUUGCCACGCUCGCCAUCCACCCUAAGCUCAACCACCAGGUCAACGUCUUCAUCGCCCUCGCCCCCGCCAUGGCGCCCGCCGGCCUGUCUAACGGCAUCGUCGACUCCCUCAUGAAGGCGUCCCCCUCGGCUCUCUACCUCAUGUUCGGCCGGCGCUCCAUCCUCAGCUCCGCCACCACCUGGGAGUCCAUCAUGUACCCGCCGCUCUUUGCCCGCGCCAUCGACACGGGUCUGUCUUUUCUCUUUGACUGGAAGACGCUCAACAUUUCCCCCAGUCAGAAGCGCGCCGCCUACCCGCACCUCUACUCCUAUACAAGCACCAAGUCGGUCGUGCACUGGUUCCAAAUCAUCCGCCACCGCUCCUUUCAGCUCUAUGACGAUGACGUUCACCAGCCGCUCCGCGUCACAGCCGCGCGCCGUUUCUCCAAGGUGGCCAAGUAUCCGACGCGCAAUAUUCGCACCCCCGUCGUCCUCGUCUACGGCGGCAGCGACUCCCUCGUCGACAUCAACGCCAUGCUCCGCGAGCUCCCGCCGCAGACCGUCGCCACCGAGAUCCCCCACUAUGAACACCUCGACUUCCUCUGGGCCCGCGACGUCGACGUCCAGGUCUUCCAGCACGUCUUUGACGCCCUCGACAGCUUCACCGACGCCGAGCACACCGUCGCCGAGUACGACCACUACCACGUCGUCCGCUCCGAGAGCCUCUUGGGCUCCAGCCUGCUCAUCGACGCAAAUUGCACGCCGGACAGCGAUCCCUCCGUGCUGGCGAGAAAAAGCCACGCCCACCUGCCCCACGUUGCCCGCGAGCCCGCCGUCCGCUCCCGCGCCGCCACUGUCGGCAGCCCCCCCUCGGUGCCCCUCUCCAGCGGCGGAUCCGCGCCCCAGGCCGCCAAGCAGCCCGCGCCGGACACCACCACCCCCUCACCCAGCGCUGACAAGCUCCGCGGCAUUGGCGUCCGUCGUGAGCCCUCGAUCACCAGCCUCAACGUCUCCGUUCUGCGCGAUGGCCGCGGGAUAAGCCCCGGUCAGGCCAACGCCAUCGGUGGCGUCGUUGCUAAUCUCAGCGGCGUCGAGCGCGCCGACGUCGUCUCCUCUUCAGGCGAGGAGAAGAAGGCUGGCGAGAAGAAGACGCUGAAGAAGCGUCGCUAG